UGAGAAGCCUCCAUCUUCCAGUCUGGUCUUCUUUGGUGGAGGGAGUCCUCCCAAAGCUUGUCUGCUUCUGUCUCUCUUUCUUCUCACCUUGGAUUCCUGCCUGUAUCAGCAAACAGAAGAACACAAACACUUUCAUUGUUCAUUGUGCAGUAAGCAGCCCAUAGAUACUAGAAAAUACAUAGUAUCUAUGCACAGGCACUCAUUUUUUCUGCAAAGCACUGUCAAGUGACUAUUCCUUAGCUACCGGUAGUAGUAGUCAUGCCAUGGCUGCUAACACCAUUGAUCGUCAGGUUAAUGAAUGCCGUUCAAGAUAUUCUUUGUAAGGUAAUCACCCUCACAAACACCUCCCCUGAGACUGCUCUAUGCUAACCUCCACUGUAACUCUCAUUUCAUUUUCUCCCAUUUUUUCAACUUCUUUUGAUGCUUCAAUUUCUUCUUCCACUGAGUCUUGCUCAUGGCCUCAGGGAGUGUGUCUAUGGAGAACUGGACCACCCACUCAGCACAGUCAUCUCUGGGCCCUGGACUGCUGUCAGUGGAGGGUCUGUUAGACAGAAAGUGGAUAUCAUGGGUGAGUGUGUACUGUCCUCACUUGUCUCCACUGAGUGCUGUCUCUUUGUGAACUGGUGGACUCACUUUCUUGGUUCAUUGCAAAUGCAUGGUAAUGAUCAUGGAGGUAGAAAGCUGAAGAGGGGGUGGGACAUGACAACUAAUCCCAAGAACAAUGAAAAGAUGGCAGAGCUAGAGAUAUCUCGAUCUGGACAGACUCAUGACAUCCUCCAUCCCUCAACAUCUCUGGAGUGGGAGGAGUGGCAGGAAUGGCCUCCUCUACCAGUGGGGAUGAUGAAUGCCUCUUUAGUGUAUCUGAAUGGAACACUCUAUGUCGGGGGAAAGUUUACUACUGAUUUGAGAGCUGCUGCUUCACUGUACUCAUUCAAACCUGGAGUUGACAGCACAUGGACAGUGACAGUCACACCCACCUAUUGGUAUACCCUUGUCGUCCAUGACUCUGAACUGCUACUGGUGGGUGGGAAAGAGUAUCCUAUCAAAGAGAUAACAAACAAAGUCUUCACGAUGAGGGAUGGACAGUUUGUUGAAGUACUGCCUCCUAUGAAGGAGAGACGAGUGUCACCAUCUGCUGUCAGUAGUGGGUCUGCACUAAUUGUGGCUGGAGGGCGGAAUAUCUCAAGAGUACUCUCCUCUGUGGAAGUGUUCAAAGAUGGUCAGUGGACGACUGCUCCCUCCCUACCACGUGCAGCAUAUGAGAUGAAGUCUGCUCUCUAUGGUGACCAGUGGUACCUGAUCACAUAUGAGGGAAAAGUAUUCUGUGCAUCACUACAAUCACUCAUAUCUGGAGCCGACCAGUUACCAUGGGAGACGCUACCUGAUGCUCCUAAUCACUUUUCAGCUGCUGCCUUCUUUGGUGGCCAUCUCUUGUCUAUUGGAGGGGGUAUCCCUGACCCCACAACCAUCCAUGCCUUCUCCACAUUCACUCAGUCCUGGGAACAUGUUGCUGACCUGCCUCCAUUACUGUAUAGUAACCCAACAGCUGUUGCCCUGUCGAGCAAACAAUUAAUUGUGAGCGAUGGUGCUAGAGUACUUCACGGAAAACUUAAGGUGACUCCAUUUGAUGCUGACAGUCACUUCACUAUGAGAGCUAUUGAUCGCCUCAAAGUCUCAGCAGGAAUCUCUGUGAAAGAGGAGCUUGUACAACACGCCUCACGCACUGCCUUCCUAGCUGUUGCUGGUGUGGAUGUUCGGGAGAUGUACAACUACAUCUUGGGAGAGUGGGCGUCAGGACGUGGACCACACCCACCCACAUGGGCAGAGCUGUUCAGAGCUCUCAAGGAGAUGGGCUUGAGUGAGCUGGCUGGUCGGAUGGAGAAGUACUUGAGAGGGUCAGUUCUUGAGGACCCACCUCGACCACCCCCUGAUGAGGAAGGUGACUCAGAGGAAGAGAAAGAUGAUGAAACACCAGAGCAAGAAAUUCUGAGGCUAAACAAUGUGCUGGUUGAGUACAUUAGUGCUAAUACUCUACUGAAGAAGGAGAAUAUUCAAUUGAAGAAGGCGAAUAUCAACCCUGAGCAUCAUUUGAAAUCUGAGAAGGUGAAAGAAGAGCAACUAGACCCAGCUUCUAUCAAAGAGGAGCCAACAUUUGACAAAGAUAAUCAGUCGCCCUCAUCUCCCCUGAAGCAUAUCAAACAGGAAACCAUAGAGACCACUAAAGUGAAAAGUGAAGAACCAGUCUCACAAUUAAUUGUGAGCGAUGGUGCUAGAGUACUUCACGGAAAACUUAAGGGUGGAGAAAGUUCUGUGACUGAAUUGAGAGCUGAAGUGAAGCGACGGCUACCAGAGUAUGAGAGUCUGGAGGCGGAGCUGGAUCAGUUAACAUAUGAUUAUAACUAUCUAGCUGACAAGAUUCACCAGCUAGAAAAAGAAAAUGAGCAUCUGCGAAACGAGAAUUAUCAUCUCCGAGCCGAGAGCAAAGGACUGGUUCUAGAGAAGCAGGAACUCAAGGUUGAACCAGUGAAAAGUGAGGAACCAGUCUCACAGCUAAUACCUUUGGGACUGUCUACUGUACAGCAUCAUGCAAUACCAUUCAAGGAAGGUGACUCAGAGGAGGAGAAAGAUGAUGAAACACCUGAGCAAGAAAUUCUCAGGCUAAACAAUGUGCUGGCUGAGUGCAUUAGUGCUAAUACUCUACUGAAGAAGGAGAUUAUUCAAUUGAAGAAGGCAAACAACGACCUUGAGCAAGAGAAUACUCAUUUGAAAUCUGAGAAGGCGAAAGAAGAACAAAUGGACCCAGCCUCUAUCAAAGAGGAACCAACAUCCGUCCAAGAUUAUCAGUCGCCCUCAUCUCCCCUGAAGGAAACCAAUGCUGAGCCACAGACCACUGAUGUGAAAAGUGAAGAAGCAGUCUCACAGCUACUACCUUUGGAACUGUCCACUGUACAACAUCAUGCAAUACCAUUCAAGGAAGGUGACUCAGAGGAGGAGAAAGAUGAUGAAACACCAGAGCAAGAAAUUCUCAGGCUAAACAAUGUGCUGGCUGAGUACAUUAGUGCUAAUACUCUACUGAAGAAGGAGAAUAUUCAAUUGAAGAAGGCGAAUAUCAACCCUGAGCAUCAUUUGAAAUAUGAGAAGGUGAAAGAAGAGCAACUAGACCCAGCUUCUAUCAAAGAGGAGCCAACAUUUGACAAAGAUAAUCAGUCGCCCUCAUCUUCCCUGAAGCAUAUCAAACAGGAAACCAAAGAGACCACUAAACUGAAAAGUGAAGAACCAUGCGUCUCACAGCUACUACCUUUGGGACUGUCUACUGUACAGCAUCAUGCAAUACCAUUCGACCUCCCUGGUGUUGAAGUGGUGGCCAGUACGUGUGUGAUUGUCACCAACUCACCCCAAAUCUUCCGCUGGGUUGGCUAUGGGUUCAAGCUCACCAUACCCCAGGGCUCCCUGCCAGCUGGUGUUGACCAGUGUCGACUAGACAUCAAAGCCAGUGUAGCUGGACAGUACCAGUUUCCUGACAAUCUCCAGUUGGUCAGCGGUGUUAUCUGGAUACAUCCUUAUCCCUCGGGUCAAUUCCAACAGCAGCUAACAGUCGAGAUACAGCACUGUGCCAAUAUGACCAGCUCUACCAAGCUCUCAUUUGUGAGAGCACAUUGCUCCCAGAAGAGCCUGCCCUACACAUUCAAGCAACUUGAAGGGCGUGGCUCGUUCACUGAGCACAGCUCGUACGGUUGUUUGAGUGUGAAUCAUUUCAGUUCAUUUGCAAUAGCUGCAGAGGGUGAUGUUGAUCUACUUUAUGUCGCUAGUCUAUACUAUCUGAAGGCCGACCCUCGGACCGUUGAGAUUCAUUUCACAAUCAUCCCCAAUGAUGAAGUACAUAAUGCUGCAACACAACAUUAUUUCCAAAAGUUGGGGGCAGAAGAGAAACUGAAUUUGGAAGUGGAGUUUGAAGGCUCAAAUAUUUCACUUGAUAUUCCAAUAUCCAGCGGUGUUGAUGUCAAUGAAUGGAGACUAAAACCACUUGUUAAACCAAAAAUAUCAAAGAAAAGGGUUGAUUCAUUCAAGCCGGGGAGAGCUGUUCCAUCCACAAAGCUGGUAGCGACACUCUCUGAGAGUAGCUGGGACUGCAAGGUACCAAGCCGCUCAUACCUAACAACUUUGAAAGGAACUAAGGAGCCUGAUAACCAAAUAUGGAUUGUUUUGGACCCAGUGGAUCCAAAAGAAGAGACUAGAGAAUUGCUGAUGCCACCUCAGUCACAUGCGACUCAUUACCCACCCUCCCUUGGACCACCUCACUAUCCUGUGGCUUCACACUCUCGGAACAUGUCAGGCAUUCAAUUUGUUGUAAACGAGGAUGAUAAAGGAGAUAAGAAUCAAUUAGGCACUAAUGAUUUGCAAGAUGUGUUCUCUCAAUUGGUGGAGGCCGCUAAAGAUUGGUUUAAUUUGGGCCUCGCUUUGGGGAUUAAAGUUGACACUCUUGAGGGUAUAAAGUCUAAUGAAAAUUGUGAUAGAGAUCGAUUGCGUGAAAUGCUGACCCACUGGCUGCGAUCUUCACCUUCUCGUACAUGGAGUAACAUUUGCAAUGGCCUCAGAAGUGACACUGUUAAACAAAUCAAUCUGGCAGAUACAAUUGAGGAGAAAUACAAAGGCUCACUGUCAGUGGCCCCUCCACAAGUGGUCAACCCGAUGAGUGCACUAGCAAUACCAGGUCAGCAAUCUGGCCGGGACUAUCAUCAAUGGCCACUAGCCCCCAUUUUACCCCCGCUACUACAAGAGCACUCGUCCCGACCACACCCCCUCACUGGUGAGAAGAGAGAGGCCAUUGAACACACUGAGCAAGUUCCCCCCAAGAGACGUCGGUCAGUCAAGCAACGAAAGAGGCGAAAGCCGAAAGGGCAACACUAAUCAAUAACAAUCAAUGUGCCAUUGUUAGGCCUGUGCCAAAUAUUCCAAAUUUUUCACCUGUUAUUCAUAAUUAUUCACACUUGAUCAGCCUAUUAUAAUUAUUUAACUUCAUCUGCCUAUAGCUAAUAUUCAAAUUAAUGACACCUAAAAA